AGAAACUGUCAUGAGAUUGUGUUAUCCUUUUCUUUAUUUAUGUACUAUUAACAGAGGAGACAAAAUGAAGGAGAAAAGAGCAAAUGAUACUAAAUACUAGAGGUCAUGUUUUAGUUUUACUCCUUUUAGCUGUAUAGUUAGUCUUUUUGUAGAAUUAUUUAAAAGGGUAGGGUUUUGAUAAAAGCAUUAAUUUUACUUUUCCAGCUAUUACAAACAACAGCCAGGAAAAUAUGGCAACCAGUCAAAAAAUGACCCCCAAGAUUUUUACAGUUUUGGACUCAGAACCUUAAAAUGUCAAUAAAUGCAAAAAGUUUUGGGGAUUUUUCUGUGUGUGUGUGUUUAUGUGGGGGGUACAAUUUUGUUCACCAACUUUGAAGCUUAAUAACUCUUAAUUAAAAUGGCUGGUGAUAUUUUUAUAAAUUAAAAAUUGAAGAAGCUAAAUCAUCAUCUUUCUGCCAUGUUUAAUCAUCAAAAAACAAUAACAGUCUUUCUUCAUAGAGACAACCUUUUAUUGUCGGUUACGCCUCUGUUGAAUUAUGCAAAACAGUAAAAAGUUCACCGAUGAUCAGUGGCAUGCCGUCCAUGGAAACUGUGGAAGCACUGCUUCCCUCGUAUUUUCUAAAAUAUAAAUACAUAUUGUGUGAUUAUUUUCAUAUUUUAAUGUACUUUGAAUUACUUAAAAUUAAUAUUUUAUUGCAACCACAUUAUGUAUUUUAUUACAAAUUUCUAUACUACAUGUGAAAAACAAUGAUAAGAUCGCUAUUGUAUAUUCGAAUAUAAAUUUAUAUAUGCAUAUUCUCAAUGGAAGCGGCGUAUUGUCGAAUACAGGAUAGCUUCCACUGCAAAAAUAUUUGAAUCGUGUAAAGCAGCCAGAUUACAGGCAUUUGCACAUGUGCUUUCCAGAACACCAACUUCAUGCGGUUUAGCACAUGGUUGCUACACACCAAAAUAUCAUAUAACGAUUCCAAUGUUUCUAUCCAGGGCCGGCACAGCUUCCCUAUCAUCAAACGUCACUGCACGCCACUGCUGAUAAGCUGAUGAAAAAAUAUAUACACAAUUUUAAUUAAAAUAGCUGACAGUAUUUUAUUCAAAUUGACUAUACUUUGUAUAUACAUACCAAAAGUAUAGUGAUCUUAUAUGGUCACUACCAAAAUUGUUUUGUUUUUACAUGUAUAUACUUACAUACAGGAUGUUUCAAGAAACUUCAAAUCUCUUUCAUAAUUCCAGAAAUCAUAACCUCCAAGGACCCUACUAGUUCUUGAUUUAUCCCUGAUCAAACCUCUGUAUAAUGAAUUCCUUUUGAUAAAUGUGGAGAAUUCUUUAUAUAGAAAAGCCAAGAAAUAAAAAUGCACUGGUAGUAAAAAGAAAACGCACCCUAAGAUUGCUUUUAUGUGAUCUGGAAGUUUCCCAGACAGAUAAAACUGGGUACUGAAAUUUGCCUGGAUGAGUAGCAGUGCAUUGUAAGGCAUGAAACUUUUCACACGUUAUGUACUGUACUGUACUGUACAUGGUGAAAUCUGUCUGUCUUUCUCAGCCUAGAUUUCUUCACUCACGGCUCACAGGCAUAGUUUGCAACCUAGCAUAGCACUGAAGCAAAUGCAUAUCUUUGUGUCAUCUGGGUAGCUAGUCAUCUUGGUGCUUUCAAUUAUCUUUUGUGCAUGCUACAAGCACUGUUUUGUCAGUUCUAUCAGAUAAUAGACUAGUAAAGCAGUAUGGCAAUUUUCCUACACAUCCAUUGCCAUGCACUUGCAAAACUGCUCUCUUUCAACCCAGAGAGGAGAUAAUUUUCACUGUGAGGAGAUGUCUGGAAGGUACCUGGAUGAAAUUCAGAUAUCAUUCGAAAACAUAUUGGCAUCAUCUAUCUGGAUGUCUAGGUUGUGUGAAAGUGGCUUAAUGUGUAAUGAUGUUUUAUUCUGCAAAUAAACUUGUAUGAUUUAUAGAUUUAUUUUAAUAAUCAAACUACUGGAUUGGAUUGUUUAAAAUGUCAAGUGGAAAAAAAUCAUGCUUUGACUUUGACUCUCAUAGACAUGACAAAAUUUGGAAAUAAAUGAGAUGUAGCAUUCCUUUGAAAGAAAAACUAUCAUGUUGUAAGUAAUAAAAACAUAACAAUUCUUAGGUGUCAGAAAAGAAAAUAUCAUCAUGUGAGAUAUGAGUCAAGGUGUCAGAUUUGAUUAAUGGAGAGUAAUCUUUCUUUUGCCCAAUCUGGUUGUCUAAUUUCACCUGGAAACAGGAUAGGAACCAAUCAGGUGGAAAGAGAAAAUCAGGACCAAUCAAACUAAGAAUUUUGGGAAGAAAUCCUUUAAAAACCCUGAAAUUCAAGGAACCCUGAAGUGUGGUUGCUUCUCCCUCACUCAACCUGUUUGUCCUCUGUGUUGGUUUCCCUGUUGUCUCGGACUUCAUCUUCAUUUUGUCGAACUACGUCUGACUUCCAGCCAGCCAGUUUGCCUUAAGUUGUCCAAUCGCUGUCAAAACUGUGAUUGAUUGCCAUUGGUUAACCAGUGAUCUAUAGACUGAACUUUAACUUUGUUUCUAUCCAAGCGAAAUUCUCUUCUGGAAUUAUGUAGGGAAUUUUCCAAAUAAAUAGCUUGUUAUGUAAAAGUGACCUGUCUCAGUGUUGCGGCGGUCGGCAACACUGCGCCUGACCACCGUCCCCAACCCGCGUGACGUCAGAGGUCGAAGUUCACACUUUUCGGGUCGACGUGCUGAGGUCCGGACGCUUGUCUCAUACGCUCCGACCUUUGUCUAAGAGAUCAGCGUUGUUCUCGACAUCUGUACCAUAAUUGUAAUUAUCGAUAAAUAAACUAGCAAAUACGAAGUUCGGAUCCUUCUUUCGACCUUGGUCAAUACAACUCGACGCCACGACGAUUCCCUCCGCGGAUGCGAUCGGAUCGAGCUACCUGACUAACAUCGACUAUUUAGAGGAACCAUUUACGGUCCCCUCACUGGUGAGCCGAACGUGAUCCGACAACGUGGGAGCUCAACACCGAACCUUCCCAAGCCCAGACGCCAUUUACGGAAAUACAGGUAGGCCUCUUUUUCUCUUCCACGCCGGUCAAGCAGCCGAACAAAGAUGGCAGAGCCCGAACCCACCGCAGAAGUGAACAGAGUGGCCCUCAAACUACCUCCGUUUUGGGACAAGACUCCAGAGUUGUGGUUCGCUAAUAUAGAGGCCCAGUUUGCCAUUUCGGGCAUCACAAAGGACAGUACCAAGUACUACUCUGUCGUGUCUGCUCUCAACUCCGAUGUCUUGAACUACGUAAGCGACAUCGUCCUCAACCCACCGGCCGAAAACCGUUAUAAUACGCUUAAGGCCAGACUGCUCGCCGAUUUCUCAGACUCGGAACAAAGGAGAAUCAAAGCGCUACUCUCGGAUAUCGCGUUGGGAGACGAAAAGCCAUCACAUUUAUUAAGAAAAAUGAGGCAGUUAGCCAACAAUAAAUUAGGGGAAGACUUUCUAAAAACCUUAUGGCUACAACGACUGCCGCAACAGACCCAAGCGAUCCUGGCAGCCUCCGACGACGGGUUAGAAAACUUGGCCAUCAUGGCCGACAAAAUAGGAGAGGUAACGCACGCGAACGUCGACGAAGUCCAAAAAGGCCCCGAUAAUACACAAGCCCAGUUAAGCGAGCUCCAGGCACAAAUAGAAUCCCUUAGUCAGAGAAUCGAACGAUUAGCUCGGCCCCGCGACAAGUCCAGGCAAGGCAGAGCACAUUGGCGGCGGCGCUCAAAGACGCCCAAGGGAGAUGCUAGCCACCUUUGCUGGUACCAUCAAAAAUACGGGAGCGAGGCAAAACGCUGCCGUUCCCCAUGCUCUUUCCGCCAGUCGGGAAACUCUUAAGGAAAUCGCACGAAACGGCCCGCUGCGAUUUCAGACCCGAUAACAAGAGCCGUUUAUUCAUUUUCGACCCCGUUUCUAACCGUGAGUACUUGGUGGAUAG